UGUAAAUUUUUAAUCUGUUUAAUUUUUGAAAACUAAAAUUAGUUUUCUCCUUGAAAGAAGAAGGCAGCUUAAUUGAAGUGUUUUAUUUUUCAUUUGUAGUCAUUAGGAAAUUUAAUGUAAUGUAAUCUUUUGUAAAAUGAAAUCAUGAAAAAAACACUAUGAAUAUUACCAUAAAAGGUUUGCGAGCUCAUCCUACCAAUAAAUAGAAUUAUAUAUUGUAUUUGAAUAACAAAUUUUUUCUGGAUUUAGAAAAAUUAUUGCAUUUGGGAAAUCAGACAUCCAGCGUAAAAAAUAAUGAAAUGUCAUCAAGUUUCAAUGAAAAGUUUGCAAAAUUAAAAAGAGGAUCUUCACCUUGCAAGGAAACUGAAAAACAAAAAAUAUGUAAAUUGAAGAAAAUCAACGAUGAAGGGAUUGAUUUCGAAGAGACCUCUGAAAGUUCACAAGUCAACAACAAUUCUGAGAAAGAACAUAUAAGUUUUUAUAGUAGAAAAGAUGCAGCUGUGUCGCCAUUUAAAGGAUUUCUUUUAACCGAGUCAGAGUUUCAAGCUAAAGUAAUGAAAUACUUGAUCAAACAAGAUCAAAGACUUGAAAAUAUUGAGAAAGUUCUACUAAAUUUAACAUCAUCUUUAGUUGGAGUAAAUAAAAAAGUAUCCCAAAUAAGCAAUUUGGAAGAUUUACAUAAUUUACAGGAAAGAAUUGCAAAUGAAGAGGAAUUUAAUAAACUGGUCUUCGCUCUGUCUUCUGCUGGGGGUAAAGAUGUUAAAGAUGUUGUCAAGAACAUUAUGGAAAAGUGCAGCAAUGAAGGAUAGAAAAUUUAACAAAAAAGAUGUAUUAAACUGCGUAAAAGAUAUUUUGCGAUACGCUUCAGACAAGGCCACAGGCGGAAGACGGUCUUCAACAUUAUAUUUUUUCAAUUGUUAAAAUGUAAAAAGCAAAUGAGUGGUUAACUAGUAAAUCUUGUUUUAUAUUUCAAUACCAUAAUUAUAUAUUUAUU